GAAAAGACGAGAAAAUUUCUCUCUCCCGAAAGAAAAAUACGAGAAAAAGUGACAACAAAUUUCUAGUCGAGAAGCAAACAAAAGCAAAGGAACUUUUGUGAUUUGCUCGAAUUCGAAUCCAAAAAAACCAGUUGAAGUCUGGAACGGAAUUUUGCGAAGUUUGGAGAAGGAGAGUAAUAUGAAUGAAAAGGGGGGUCGGAACUUCCCGGUGGACCCGAAUCUGCCUCGAUGGGUCUGCCAGAACUGCCGUCACUCCCUCUGCGUCGUCGGCGUCGAUUCCUACGCCGACAGGUUCUUAAACGACUCCUCUCGCUCCGGAAUGCAGGGCUCGUCAAUGCAUGGGGCGAAUAGCGUGUUGGCUUCAACGAAAAUGGACAACUCCUUUGUGGUAUUACCAAAGCAAAAGCCUCCGGCUCAAGGCAUCCCUCCUCGACCUCGUGGGGGAGCUGUUCCAUCUUAUGCUGGCCAGGCCGGAAAGGCAAUGGAUGAGUCCUUUGUGGUUGUGGAUAAAUCUGAGUCCUCUUCGGAUGCAGGAGGAAACCAUUCACCGUUAUCCGUUGGAGGCUCCAAUGGUUCUUCGCAACCAAACAAUUUUGGGUUCUCCUCGACUAUAACUGUCUUGAAGCGUGCAUUUGAAAUUGCCACCACCCAGACGCAGGUUGAACAGCCUUUAUGCCUUGAGUGCAUGAGGGUAUUGUCAGAAAAGCUUGAAAAGGAAAUUGAAGACGGGAAUAAGGAUAUUGAGGCUUAUGAGGCCUGUCUGAAGCGCUUAGAGGGGGAGCCUCGCAAUGUUAUUAGUGAAGCUGAUUUUCUUAAAGAGAAACUGAAGAUUGAGGAAGAAGAGAGAAAACUUGAAGCAGCUAUUGAAGAAAUAGAGAAACAGAAUGCAGAUGUCAAUGCUGAACUUAAGGCACUUGAGAUAAAAUCAACCAAAUUUAAGGAAUUGGAGGAGCGGUACUGGCAUGAGUUCAAUAAUUUCCAAUAUCAAUUAAUUACACAUCAGGAAGAGAGAGAUGCAAUUCUAGCCAAGAUAGAAGUUUCACAAGCACAUUUGGACUUACUAAAGAAAACUAAUGUGCUAAAUGAUGCCUUUCCCAUUGGGCAUGAUGGAGAAUUCGGGACAAUUAACAAUUUUCGACUUGGACGGCUUCCUAAAAUUCCGGUGGAGUGGGAUGAGAUAAAUGCUGCCUGGGGCCAAGCUUGCCUCCUCCUGCAUACCAUGUGUCAAUAUUUCCGACCAAAAUUUCAAUCUCGAAUAAAGAUACUUCCUAUGGGCAGCUACCCUCGAAUUGUGGAUAGCAACAAUAAUACUUAUGAACUGUUUGGUCCUGUGAACUUGUUCUGGAGUACUCGUUAUGACAAAGCAAUGACGACAUUCUUGACAUGCCUGAAGGAGUUUGCUGAGUUUGCCUACUUGAAGGAUCAAGAAAACAACAUACCUCCUGAGAAAUGCUUUAAACUUCCGUACAAGAUUGAGUUUGACAAAGUGGAAAGCUACUCUAUCACACAAAGCUUCACCAAGCACGAGAACUGGACGAAAGCUCUAAAGUACACCCUUUGCAACUUAAAAUGGGCUCUUUAUUGGUUUGUUGGGAAUACAAAUUUCCAACCGCUUUCUGCAAUGGUGUCUUCGCACGCCGAAGUCCCUGCUGCUGGCUCUUUGUAUGCAAAGCGUGGCGGCUCCGACUCCAAAUCCCAGUUUCGCAACUCCCCAAACCAAUAAUUUUGAAAACAAUGUACAUAGGCAACUUACUAAACAUAUACAUUAUACAUCCUCUAGUCUUGUACAUUUAAGGGUAAACUAUGUUAGUGAUUGGAAACACUUAAAACUGAGUACAUUGUUGUU